AUGCUUGAUGAUAACAGCAUACCUCAUAAUUCAAGGUUUAAAUCCUUCUAUAAUGUUGUCUUCAUUGAUGAGAAGUGGUUUUAUAUUACAAAAAACAUCAAUUAUUAUUUGCUUGUGGGUGAAGAUGAUGGUCACAAAACAUGUAAAAAUAAAAAUUUUGUACCCAAAGUUAUGUUCUUAGCUGCGGUGACUCGACCACGACUUGAUAAUGAAAGAAAUGUGUCAUUCUCAGGGAAGAUUGGUCUAUAUCCAUUCGUGUAUGAACAGCUGGCCAAUAGGAGUAGUGUCAAUAGAGGGGCUGGGACAAUGGAAAAGAAACCCAUAAUUUCUUUGACUAGAGAGGUAAACAAGAUGUACUUAAUUGACAAGGUUUUACCUGGCAUUAAGAAUUCAUGGCCAAUUGAAGAUGUAGGGGACACAAUUUUCAUACAGCAGGAUAAUGCAAGAUCUCAUAUCAACCAAAAUGAUGAAGAUUUUCGCAAAGCAACAAGUGAAGGUGAAUUUGACAUUCAACUUAUUUGCCAACCAUCAAACUCUCUUGACUUAAAUAUAUUGGACUUGGGUUUCUUCAAUGUCAUUCAGACUCUACAACAAAAGCAUGUGAUGAAGUCAAUUGAUGAUAUUAUUAGCAUGGUUGAAAAAGCAUUCUAUGAAUUUUCUUCUAUACAAUCGGAUAAAAUUUUCUUAACACUUCAAUCAUGCAUGAUAGAAAUAAUGAAGGUCAAGGGAAGUAACAAGUACAAAGUUCCUCAUAUGAAGAAAGAUUCACUAUCUAACCAAGUCGGAAUACAAAAUCAAUAA